AUGACUAUUGCAUCUUUGUCCAACCGGACAAAUCUCUCGGAAUCAGACAUCAACGAGCUGGUGACGGGCAAACUAUCCCCCGCAGACAUUACAGAGGUGCUCAAGCGUGGAGUCCAAAAUGCCAAGUGGGAUGGCCUCGGCGUGGGCAAGGGACUGGUAGCCAAGCUGCCUGACCUCAACAAAUGGAAGGAGGCCAUCGACGGACUAGACGAGGAGGACAACGACAACAACAACAAUAGCAACAGUUUCAACAUUGGCUCAUCCGAUGGCCUCGCUGUUCUGCUGCGAAUUCUGCUUGCUGGAGACCCCAAUGGCUCUCUGGUUGCAUACUUUUAUCAGCGACGUCGAUGGCAACGACUGGCUCUGCAAGUGCAGUUGAUGAACGCUACAGCUGGCAUUUCGCGAGAGCGACACCAGCUGGACCUCGCCGGAUGCGGACUCACCAAAAUCAUCUCUUCGUCCGUCAUCCCCCCGGCCAUGGCUGCCGCUGAUUCGCCCAUGAAACCCAUCGUGGUGGCCCUAGAGGCGUCCCCCCUCAACCUGGUGGAUCUGGUGCGGCUCACUUUCGAUGCCAUUGAGCGGGAGACCGUGGCCGAGUCGGCCGCCAAGGACUUCCUCGACAAACACGCCAAGGUCACACCCGAGCUCUUCUUUCUGGGCUCGCUCAAGACCCCCAAGCCGUGGUCACCUCUGCUGGAGCGUGUCAUCAAGAACUUCUUUGAUCUCUUCUUCUCCGGUCACAACUCUUCAAUCCUGGUCUUCUCUAUUUUGGGCCAGCAGGACGAGGCCUUCCUGGCAUCCAUGGUUGUGGAGUACUACCGGGUGAGUGCUCUCAACGUGGGCAAGAUUCUAGACAUUUGCCACGCCGCCAACAUUCUGCCCCAUGUGUUGCAGCUGCGAUACUUUGCCUUCACCAUGGAUCUGGCGGUGCUGGCCUCCCAGCGCCAGCUGUAUCCACUCAAACAGUUUAUGGACGAUACAUACAAGGCCGUGGGAGCCGACUUUGUGCGGGGCGUGUUGGACUUUUUGGAAAUGAAGAUUAGCGUCGAGCUAUCUUCCCAGGCCGGUGUCGGUGUUCCUCCCCCUCCUCCUCCUCAGAACCCCCUCACUCUCAGCUCUGUGGCCACCAUUCUACAGUUUGUGUCCUCGGGCUCCGAUAUGCCUGCCGACCGACUGGAGCAGUUCAAGAUGCUGCAGACCCAGACCUUCCAAGUGUACCCUCGCCUCAUCAACUUUGGCCAGGGUCACGACCAAGCCAUUCUGGCCCACGGCGACGGCUCGAACGCCUUCCCUCCUCACAUUGAGCGGGAGAUGAAGCUGUGUUACCAGCGAAUGUACGAGGAGCAGAUUCAGAUCCGCGACAUCAUCACUAUGCUGCAGCGGCUCAAGCAGAGCGACGAUCCCCAGGACCAGGACGUGUUUGCAUGCAUGGUCCAUUCGCUGUUUGACGAGUAUCGAUUCUUCCCCGAGUACCCUCGAAACGCCCUUGCUGCUACUGCCGUCCUGUUUGGUGGCCUCAUUUACUUCCGGCUCAUCCAGGACAUCCCUCUGUCCAUUGCACUGCGAUACGUGCUGGAUAGUUUGAAGCAGCCCGCCGAUUCCAACAUGUUCAAGUUUGGUUUGCAGGCACUCUACGAGUUCAGGGAGCGGCUCAACGAAUUCCCCACCUACUGCUCCAUUCUUGCUGAGAUCCCAGGUCUGCAGUCUCACCAGGAAAUUUACUCUUACGUGAAGCAGCUUGCUGGCGGACCCGGGGGUGGACCUGGAGGACCUGGUGUUGGUGGACCUCCUCCUGGUGUCCCUGGCGGACCUGACAACUCUCUCGCCCCCGAGACCCUCAUCUUCUCAUCUAUUCGAGUCGACUCCAACUUGCCUGAGGAUGCUGCGCAGGUGGAGCCCCCAGAGGAGUUGUCUGACAAGGUGCUGUUCAUGGUCAACAACCUUGCUCAGAGCAAUGUAGUUGCUCGGUCUCGAGAGAUGGCCCAGGUGCUAGAGGAGCGGUACUUCCGAUGGUUUGCUACCUACAUUGUGCGACAUCGUGCAAAGCAGGAGCCCAACUACCACUCCCUGUACAUUUCCAUGCUCAAGAACAUGUCAAACAAACUGCUUGAGAGCUUCUUCCUGCGGGUGACCUACCUGCAGAUUGUCAAGCUUCUCAACAGCCCCGAGACGGUCUCUUCUUCCACGGACCGAAACCAGCUUCGUAACCUGGGCCAGUGGCUCGGAGCUCUGACUCUAGGCCGAAACCUGCCCAUCAAGCACCGAAACAUUUCGUUCAAGGCGCUGCUGGCAGAGGGCUACAAGCAUCAGAAGCUGGUACUGGUGAUUCCUUUUGUGGCCAAGGUGCUGGAGCGGGCCGCCAAGUCUAAGGUGUUUGCUCCCCCAAACCCCUGGACACUGGGUAUCAUGCACGUACUUGCAGAGCUGUACCAUCACGCCGAGCUCAAGCUGAACCUCAAGUUUGAGAUCGAGGUAUUGUGCAACCAGCUCAAGCUCAAUGUUGAAGAGCUGGAGCAGAGCCACAUUAUUCGAGGUGGCUCUUCUGCCGUUGACGAGGUUGUUGACGGUGUCAGCAAGCUUAAUGUUGAUGCUGCCAACGCCGGCAUGGUUCCCCCUGGCGCCAUGGGCAUGCAUGCAGGCAUGCCUCCUCCUCGAGGCAUGCACAUGCCUGGUGGCAUGGGUGGUCCUGGUGGCAUGAUGGGCCCUGGUGGUCCCGGAGGCAUGGGUCCUCUUGGUAUGGGUCCUGGCAUGCCCCCUAUUCACGGCCCUCCUGGUGUCAACCAGCAGCAACAGCAACAGCAGGCUCAGCAGCAGCAGGCUCAGCAGCAGGCCCAGGCUCAGGCUCAGGUUCAGCAGCAAGGUGGGGCCCCUGGCGUUGGAAUGAGAGCCGCUGGAGCCGCAGUUGCCUCUGCCGCUUUUUACGAUGCCUACCAGAACAUCAUUAUGUCGAUGGAGCUUCAGGGCGACUCUCCGUUUGUGUCGCACCCAACUCUCAAACAGCUGUUCAUGCUGUCAGUUGACAAGGCCGUUCGAGAGGUGCUCCAACCCGUGGUGGAACGAUCGGUGUCUAUUGCCACCAUUGCCACCCGGGAGUUGGUUACCAAGGAUUUUGCAUUUGAGGUAGAUUGCGACAAGCUGCGACGAGCCGCCCACAAUGUGGUUCGAAUGCUGUCUGGAUCGCUGUCUCUGGUCACCUCCAAGGAGCCUCUUAAGGACUCCCUGCUCAACAACCUCAAGACCCUCCUGCUGGGCCAGGGCUAUGGAGAGGAGACCCUUCCUCUAGACCAGAUGGCCGCUGCCGUGGCUGCCAACGCUGACGCCAUCUGCUGCGUUGUGGAGAAGGCUGCUAUUGACAAGUCGCUGCUGGACAUUGAAGAGGCCCUUGCUGCCUCUUACGCUCUGCGACAGGCUCAUCAGGGUGACGCUGCCUCGUUUGUGGACCCCCAGGUAACUCGGUUCAACCUGCCCCUGCCAGAUCCUCUGCGAAUCCAGCCCGGUGGUGUCACUCCUCAGCAGAUGGCGCUCUACGACUCUUUCAGUGAGGGCGGAGCUGGAUUGCCCAGCGUUCCUGCUGCAAUGGCUGCGGUUGCUGGUCCUGGUGGUCAAGGAGCUGCUGCCGGCGUGCCUGCUCCUUCCACCCCCGAGACACCUCAGGCUGUGCUGUCGCAGAUUCUGCUGACUGUUCAGGCUCGAAUCGACGCUCUGCUGCGAAGCAUUAGCGCUGUGACCGAUGGAUCUGCAGGCCCCGUCCCCACCUCUCUAGUGGAACUUCCCGCUGACCACGAGAUUCGAGUUCGUCUGCUGCAGCUUCUGUCUCUGGUGAGCAAGAGUCCCUACCAGAACGAGGUUGUACUGCGAACCUCUCAGCUAGUGGUCAACGCUCUGUUCACCCAGUCCGACUCCCAGCUCUCACAUGAGUCAUUUGCUCUGCUUCUGGGUAAGCUGUGCGAGCUUUCUGCUGAGACCUGCAAGGAGGUACUGCUUUGGCUCAUCCACUCUUCUGACAAGCGGAAGUUUAACGUGCCUGUGGUUGCCACUUUGCUGCGGACUCGGUUCAUCACUGUCACCGAGCUGGAUCAGUCUCUGGCCAAGCAGAUGCUUGAGUCGCGGGAUGUAGCUGCUGUCGAGUUCACUCACAAACUCAUUGCUGACGUGGUACUUGGCGCAGAUCCCUGUGCUCUGCGAACCGACUUCUCUUGUUGUCUGAUUGUCCUUGAGGCUCUCAUCAAAGAGAACAAGGAGGGCAAGGAUGAGUCCAAGGAGGAAGCAAAGACCAAGGAAGAAGGUAAGGAGGUCGAACCCGAGUUGUCCGAGGAGGAGAAGAAAGCCAAGGAGGCCAAGGAGGCCGAGAACAAGGAAAAGCUUGCGGCUGCUGCCACAGAGGCUGCCAAGUGCAUCACAACUCUUAACGACACCAACGUGGUGAUUCCCACCAUCACAGAGCUGUCUGAGUCCACUCGUGCUUCUCGAACUGACGCCUCCCAGGUGUCUCUUAAGGAGCAGUGUGCCUACAUCUUUGCUGAGUGGCUGCGACUUGUGGGCCACCCUGGAGCCUGUAACAAUCUGCGAAUGCGGUACAUGUUUGUUUUACAGCUUUCUGAGAUCGGUAUGCUAUCCAACCCUGACCACCUCUGUGUGCUUGUGCGGACUGCAACCGAGAUCUCUGUCAAGUCGUACUGCUUUGAGAUGGUUGACAAGCCUGCUGCCCCUGUUGGAGAUGUUGCUGUUGCUGUGGAUGGUCUGGCCAAACUACUAGUGACCAUUAUUUCUGCCCACGAGGCAACCAACGCCAAGCGGAUCAGCGCCUUUGUGCGACAGCUGCUGGCUGUGGUGGUGCUGGUAUUUGCUGGUGAUCAUGAGGCCAAGUCCGGAGGCGAGUCUCCCGUCGGAUUUAACGAGAAGCCUUAUUUCAGACUUUUCUCGUCCAUUCUUUGCGAGCUAAGCGAGGCUGAGCUGAGCGCCGAGUCUCGAGACGCCAUCUACUUGUGCCUUGCAGAGACGUUCAAGCUCAUCCAACCCAUGGCUUUCCCUGGCUUUGCAUUUGCCUGGAUGACUCUGAUCUCGCAUCGAAUGUUCCUGCCCAAGAUGAUGGACGUGGUCAGAAAUCGACGAGGCUGGGGCCCUUAUCUAUCUCUGCUGGAGGCCCUACUCAAGUUCCAGGACCACUUCACCACCGACAAGGAGUUCAACGAGCACGUGGCUGUCAUGUACAAGGGUACUCUUCGAAUUAUGCUGGUGAUCCUCCACGACUACCCCCAGUUCCUCAUCGAGAACCACUACCCGCUGUGCAAUGUGAUUUCGCCCUCGUUCAUCCAGUUGCGAAACCUCGUGUUGUCAGCUUUCCCUGCCGAUCUCGAGCUGCCCGACCCUCUCACAGUUGGUCUCAAGGUCGAAUCGCUGGCUGAGAUCAAGGCGGCCCCUCCUCUGGCUAUUGACCCUGGCCACGAGGCCCAGAAGCAUGGCAUCCGAAAGCUCACCGACAUGUAUCUGAGAAACCCGUCGCCUGCCAUCAUCAAGAACCUACUCAAGGCCUUCUAUCUGCCUUCUGCCAAGCCUUGCCUGGGUCUUGGUUUCAACGAGAUCUCCGUGGAUUCCACUGCUCUCAAUGCUCUGGUGCUGUACAUUGCCUCGUUGAUCUCCACCGCUACUUUUGAUACUUCUUCGCCCCACCUGUCUCUGCUGACAUCUGUGGCAGUGGCUUUGGACGCCGAGGGACGAUACUUCUUGUUCGAGGCCAUUGCCAACCAGCUGCGGUACCCCAACAGACACACCUACUGGUACUCUUGUGUGAUUCUGUCGCUCUUUGGCGCUCAUGGCGAGGCCAGCCUGGGUUCCGGCAAGGUAGACAUUCAGCACAUUAUCACUCGGGUGCUGCUUGAGCGAAUCAUCUGCAACCGGCCUCAUCCUUGGGGUCUGAUGAUCACUUUUGCUGAGCUGCUCAAGAACCCCAGUUACCGGUUCUGGGACCUGGAGUUCACAAAGGGCUCUCAGGAAAUUGAAAAAAUGUUUGCCUCACUCAACAGCCAUAUAAUGCCUACCGAGGGAACAGAAUAG